AUGACCGCGUUCGCCCACCCUCCUCACCCUGCCAGCCAUGUUAAAGCUGUCGAGCUCGGCAAAGAAUCCAAAGACCCGCACGCAAUUCCCGAGUUCAAUUCUCAGCUUGCAUUCCAGGAACCUGUGCUUUAUCUUCCCCCUCUUCUCUCUUCUUUGCCAGACCAUUACCAAUUACAAAUCCCUCAUGCCGACCCCCGAUAUCCUCCCCUCGUCACAGAGACACGCCUACCGGACAUCGAUCCUGCCUCUCUGUCAUUACACAAGGCUCUUCACCACUUCAAGCCUUUGACCCCUUAUUACGCUGAUACUUCAUAUGACGAGGCUUUUAACUGGUCCGAGUUGGAGUUGCCGAAGGAUGAGGAGAGAGAUUGGUACUGUGUUGUUUUUAGAAGCAGAAGAAAGUCAGGAAGUGACGGCAUUUCCCUUUAUGAGGCGGAUAAACUAGCUCAUGAAGAGGCCAUACGGAAUGGAGGGUUAAUUCUUUAUUGGUAUGGGGUUCCGAAUCCAACGACCGGGAUUAACCUUGCCACCUGCAUCUGGCAAAGUCGAAAACAUGCAAUGGCAGCCAACUCUCGCCCACAUCACAUUAACGCCAUGCGUCUGGCUGCGAAUGCCUAUGAUGUUUACGGACUAGAGCGAUAUCGACUGCGAAAGGUGCAGGGUGAGUCGGGGGUAUCCAUUGAACCGUUUGACGGUGGUGAUGUUGGGUGGUGA